AUGAUGAAUCGCUCCAAAAGAUAUCGAAAGGUGGUAGACAACAUCACUGUUGGAGACAAACGUUAUUUUCACGUAAAACAAACAAAAUUUAUCUGGUUAGAGGAGAGUAAGGUGAAAGGCUCUCUUAUAAAAAGUUACACAACUGCGGAAUCCUCCGAGGAAUAUGAAGUGGAAAAAAUUCUGGCCUGGGAUACUGUCUUUGAUCGAUACCUAAUCGAGUGGGCCGGAUAUGACCUAGCAAGCUCGACUUGGGAGCCAGUCUCCAAUAUCCGAAAUGAUGCGCCACAAUGCAUCAAAAUCUUUCAUCGGCAACUACAGCAUGGUUAUAAGACUGCACAGUCCGAAGUGGGAUGCACAAUUUGGGUGCCACAGGAGUUUGAUCGUUGGGGCCAGGGAGACUUAGAUCAAGAGCCUAUCAAAAAUAGCGAUAAUGGUAUUAAGGUCGAAUCUGGCGAACCAACUGGCGAUGAGGAGGGCGAAUCCACGAUUCCGUUAUCAACGUAA